AUGCACCAUCGUCUUCAUCCCGGAUUUUUAGCAAAGUAUGCUCUCGGAGAAGAACUCGGCAGCGGUGGAUUUGGGUUUGUUGUAUCCGCCCACGAACGUCGUACUGGUAUCGAACGUGCUGUCAAAUUUAUCUUUCGCCACAAGGUGCCUGCUCAUGCUUGGGUGCGUGACAUCGAAGAAGGUCCUAUCCCAAUGGAAAUAUAUGUCCUGAAGAACGUCCGACACCCUGGAAUUAUUGGAUACGUAGACUCAUACCAAGACGAAUCCUUCUUUUACCUUGUAAUGGAGCUCCAUGGUACUCAAUGGUCUUCUCCUCUUGAAACCGAAGCAUUUCCUGGCGGUGUACCCCAUUCGCCUGCUCUGUCUCAGACCUCCGAAGACUCCUACACAUCUUCAAUUGAUUCGCCAAUUGAAGAAUAUCCUACCCGGGUCUUUACUCGACGUACCUCAUGCGAUUUGUUUGAGUGCAUAGAGCGUCAUCACAAUUUUGAAGAAUCUCUAGCCAAGGAUAUUUUCCGCCAGAUUAUCGAAUGUGUUGCUCAUCUCGAUUCGUUCGGCAUAUGUCACCGCGAUAUCAAGGACGAGAAUAUUGUGAUUGAUGAUCGGUACAAGGUUAAGCUGAUUGACUUUGGCUCAGCCGUUAUCCUGCCUCGACACUACGGCCAGAACAAGCCAUGUCUUUUCAACAAGUUUUAUGGAACCAUCUCCUUUGCUUCUCCAGAAAUCUUAAUGCGACAGAUGUACCGUGCUGAACCUGCCGAGAUCUGGUCUCUCGGUGUUCUUUUGUACACAAUAUUAUUCGGUGAGGUGCCAUUCCAUGACCCUCAGAUGGCUAUCUCGGGUCGAUUUGCCCAACCCAAAAUUAAAGUCUCCUCUAAAUGUCUCCACCUUGUCUCGUGUAUGCUGGAACGUUCACCUGAUAAAAGACCCAGCAUUCAUCAAAUUCUCACCCACCCAUGGUUCCGUGACUAA